UCACCAAAGGCUUUGCUACAAAAUGGCGUCUUUAUAUCUUAUUUAUUGUUUGCUUAAUUCAUUGUUCAGUUGUUAUUGUGUAAAUUCAGCUAACACACAGUAUAUGAAAGAUUCGAUAAAGAAUUAUUUUUCUGAUACCCGACACCACGAUCCUAAAUUCAGAGCGUAUAAGUAUGCUGCAAAAGAAUAUAUUUACAACGAGUUUCACAAGUUUGGACUAAGAACUGAAUACCAUACAUUUCAGGAGACAUCUGUUUCUCCUACUGAUUAUUUCCAAACUGUUAUUGGUAUACUAAGGGGUACAAACUUUGGAACAGUACACGACCGAAUUAUAGGACUAGGUGCACACUAUGACACGGUUAAUACCACCAAAGGUAACUAG